AUGACAAACUCCAGAGAGGAUGCUCUGGAGCUUGACCCGGCUCAAUCAAAGGCCAUCCCAAAGCCAUGGGUGUUUCCAGUCCCAAAGGGAACCCUACAGCGCAUCUUUGGGAGCAGCCAGGUGUUCCAGAACUUGGAUGAUGUAAAACCGAAGGUCACGGGAUUAACAGUGCCCCUCAAAGUCAGGGAGUACUACCACCAAGGCCUGCAGUGCUUGGAGAAAGAGGACUGGGAGAUGGCCGUGCUCUUCUUUUCCCGUGCCCUCCACCUGGACUCCCACCUGGUAGACUUUUACGCUUUACGAGCUGAGGCCUACAUCCAACUCUGUGACUUCUCCUCGGCUGCCCAGAACCUGCGAAGGGCCUACUCCUUCCAGCCAGAGAACACCAAGUACCUGGAGCGGCUUACCUUGGUCCUUUACCUGCAGGGCCAGUGCCUGUUUGAGCAACGUGCCUUCGCAGAAGCCCUGAGGGUCUUCUCGCAAGCCUCUGUGCUCCAGCCUGAGAAAGCCAGCUUCCGUUACCGAUGCAUGGCCUGUCUCCUGGCCCUUGAACAGCAUCAGGACUGCCUCUCGCUCAUCGCCAAGGAGGUGAAGCUUGGCACGACCAAUGCCGAUGUCUUCAUCCUCCGGGCCAGGCUCUACAACUUCUUCCAGAAGCCCAGCCUCUGCUACCGAGACCUGCACAGCGCCUUGCUGUUGGAUCCCAAGCACCCACAGGCCAAGGUGCUGCUCCAGAUGAUGGUGGACCAAGCCCAGAAGGCGCGUCAGGAUGCUGGGAUCCUAGCUGUGCAGGGCAAGCUGCAGCAUGCUCUGCAGCGCAUCAACUGUGCCAUCGAGAACAACCCUCUGGACCCUAGCCUCUUCCUCUUCCGGGGCACCGUGUACCGCCGGCUCCAGGAGUUUGAUGCCGCCGUGGAGGACUUCCUGAAGGCGCUGGACAUGAUGAGUGAGAGCCAGGAGGGCAUGGUGCGGCAGGCUCAGCGGCAGCUGUUGCUGACCUACAAUGACUUCGCCGUGCACUGCUACCAGCACGGUGCCCACGAGGAGGGCGUGCUACUGCUCAACAAGGCCCUCAAGGACGAGCAGCAGGAGAAGGGCCUCUACAUCAACCGGGGCGAUUGCUUCUUCCAGCUGGGCAACCUGAUUUUUGCGGAGGCGGACUACCAGCAGGCACUGGCGCUGAGCCCGCAGGACGAGGGCGCCAACCUGCGCAUGGGCCUACUGCAGGAGAGGAUGGGCUUCUGCGAGCAGAGGAGCAGGCAGUUCCAUAAGGCGGAUAGCCACUUCUCAGUGGCCAUCCGGCACAACCCCCAGAAGGCCCAGUACUACCUGCACCGUGCCAGGACCCGGCAGCUCCUGCAGAACAUUUUGGGGGCCCGCCUGGAUGUUGCCACUGUCCUGCUCCUCAGCCCCAAGCAACCCAAGGUGCUCCCACUGAUGGCCAGCCUCUUCCCGGGCAUGUCGGUGGAGGAGGUGCUCUGCAGCCAGGUGGCCAACCUGGCCAGGCUGCAGUUGAAUCGGGUGUUGGAGAGCAGCCUGCAAGCUGGCAUCCCUCGAGGCAUCGUGGGGCAACUCAGACAGCGGGAAAGAGAGCGCGAGAAGGCGCGGGCCCUGCAGUUCUGGUGGAAGCCUUUGUUGGGGAACUCUGAAGAGCUCCAGGCCACUCCCCAGACCCUGACAGGAGAGCCAGCAGGUGCAAACGAAGCUGAGGCCCUCCACGAGGAGGAAGAGGUGAGUGGGCCACAUGCUGGGGAGGAGCAGUGGGAGCCUGCACCCAACAGGAUGAGGUCCCUGUCCGACAGCUACCUCGACCAGACCUCUUCAGGCUCCGUCUUUGGCUUCAGGACCAUGUCCACCUCAGAGACAGAGACGUCCACUAUCUGCCAGGAAUACAAGAGCACCUCAGCCACUGCUGUGACAUCCUCUGACUCCCCACUGCUGAAGACUCAAUCCUCAGACCUGCUGGAGAACAGAGAACACCUAAGCUUGAGCCACAGCCCCAGAAAAACCAAGGCCACCCAGGGCCACAGCCAGAGCCCCAGCAGGACCAAAGCCACCCAGGGCCAGAGCCGGAGGCCCAGCAAGGUGGAGGCUGCCCAGGGCCAGAGCCGGAGGCCCAGCAGGACCAAGGCCACCCAGGGCCAGAGCCGGAGGCCCAGCAGGACAGAGGCUGCCCAGGGCCAGAGCCAGAGUUCCAGCCAGACUGAGGCCACCCAGGGCCAGAGCUGGAGGCCCAGCCAGACUGAGGCUACCCAAGGCCCAAGACAAAAGCCUAACAAGACCAAGGCCACUCAGGGCCCAAGGAAGAGGCUUAGAAAGAUCAAGGCUGCCCAUUGCCGGAGUUGGGAACCCAGUAAGGCUGCCACCCAUGGCCGGAGCGGGGGACUGAUCCGAAGUUCUAGCAAGACCAAGGAUUUCUAUGAUCCAAGUUGGAGCCCCAGCAACACUGAGGCCACUCAGGACCAAUGCCAAAGGUCCAGCAAGACCAUGGCUGCCCAGAGCUGGAGCCAGAACACAAGCCCAGGUUCCAGCAAGACUGAGGUCACCUAG